GACAUCCACCUUGCCGAAAAAACUGGGAGUAUCGGCCGUCCUAACGCUUCCCUUGAUACCCACGAACACGAACGGCCUUCGCCAUCGAAAAUCGCGCCAUUACUUCGGCAGUUUCUUGGCAAUCUGAUCGCCAUUUAUUGCCAGAAUUUACAGCGCGACUAUGGAGGCGGUUCUUGAGGCUGCCAAAAGAUUCAUCACGCCGCUGGAUCGGCUUGACUGGGAAGAUCUUGCGAUGGGCGUGGAUAAGAUCAGGGAUCUCUUAACAGCAGCGGAACUACAGGAAGCUGUUGGUUUAGUGCAUUUAGCGGCAGCGUGUAUUGGGGAUACGUUGAAGAACGAGCUUCUCUUGGACGCGAUCCAAGGUCGCCUCGUUCCAGCGGCUCGAUCUCAACGACCGCAGAAGUCAGCCGUAACUGCAGAGCUCUCACCAACGACUCGGCACACCCAGACGCGGGCAGACAAAAUUAACACUCCAAAUCUGACCUCGUCUAUGCCUGCUUUGUCGCCACAGCAAAACUCUGUACAGUCGUUGUCAUCAGUACCGAAGCUUGGAAGCCAUACAAGACAAACAAUAACUUCCAUACGACCUACAGCACCGAACGCUGGAGUUGCCCAACAGACAGCUCCAUCCAACGAGUCUGCGCUCUCGUUACCGGCACCAGGCCAGCGCCCUUCGUCUGCAUCCUCCCAACGCUCCUGUGGAUCUACUCGCCUGCCGCCUGUACAGCCAAAGUUGAAAGACGACGAUUUUUUUAGUAUCUUGGACGAUUAAAAACCAUUACUGUCCGCUGGAGAUAUCAAACUGGGGAAAUGAACCUUUAUAUGAAGGAAAUCCUGAAAUACGAUGUAUCAAAUCAGCUAUUUUUUUUGUCCGCCAACGUUCAUUCUCAAUUUUUCUUAGAAGGUUUCUUGCAUCCAAAAUUCAUGUUUAUCGUGCAUUCCAAUACUUGAUAUGAUUUCUGGAGCCUUCAAGGCAAGCUUUGAAUUACUUCGCAGCAGAGUUCAGUUGUAGUUUUUUAUAGUAUUCCGUCGAUAUAUUGGUCCCCGUGGUUCAUUACAGUUCUCGGAGGUGUAGAGUACGUGAGCUCUG